GUACUUCUGUUUCUGUGUGUUUGGGUCAUAUUGCGCAGACUCAGGGUUUUCAACGCGGUUACACAGACUCUUGAGGCAAUAGGAGAGUUUGUGUUGGCGCGUCGAAUGAAUGGUUUUUUUAUUUUGUUGAUUUUUUUUCUCAGUGUAAUAGUCACUCAGACCAAGUUUUUGUAUUGUUGAGUAAGCUAUACGUAAUGGUGGCAUUCCUUAUCUUGUAAUGGUACGACGGGCAUCGGCGGGCACAGGUGCGAGCAGAUGCUGUGUUUGGAGUAUUGGAAAGCUAAAGGAGUGGAUGUAACACGUUGAUUGUUGAGACACCCAGUGGUUUGUUUUUGUUGGCCACUAUUGGUAAAUGUUUUUCACGUGGGCUUUAUAAGGAUUGUGUGCAACAACGUUUUGCACUGGUGUCCGUGACCGGUGUUUUCGUAAGCUAUUGAAAAUAGUUUUCCUUACUGAGCCAUGGCAACAGAAGAAAAAAAACCAGAGACAGAAACAACAAAAGCACAGUCUACGCCUUCUUCCUCGGCCAAUCAGACCAAGCCAUCUCCUGUUAAACCCAACUAUUCCCUGAAGUUUACUUUAGCUGGUCAUACAAAAGCAGUUUCAUCUGUGAAGUUCAGUCCAAAUGGAGAGUGGCUUGCCAGUUCUUCUGCUGAUAAGCUGAUAAAAAUUUGGGGAGCUUAUGAUGGCAAGUUUGAAAAAACAAUAUCUGGGCACAAACUGGGUAUUUCUGAUGUUGCAUGGUCGUCUGACUCUAACCUCCUGGUGUCUGCUUCUGAUGAUAAAACUCUGAAAAUAUGGGAUGUUAGCUCGGGGAAAUGCUUAAAAACGUUAAAAGGACAUAGUAACUAUGUCUUCUGCUGCAACUUCAAUCCUCAGUCAAAUCUCAUAGUUUCUGGAUCAUUUGAUGAAAGUGUAAGGAUAUGGGAUGUGAAAACUGGGAAGUGUCUCAAGACUUUGCCUGCUCAUUCAGAUCCUGUUUCUGCAGUUCAUUUUAAUAGGGAUGGGUCUUUAAUUGUCUCAAGCAGUUAUGAUGGUCUCUGUCGAAUUUGGGAUACAGCAUCAGGGCAAUGCCUGAAAACACUAAUUGAUGACGACAACCCACCAGUGUCCUUUGUGAAGUUUUCCCCUAAUGGAAAAUAUAUUCUAGCAGCAACUUUGGACAACACAUUAAAGCUUUGGGAUUACAGCAAAGGAAAGUGUCUAAAGACAUAUACAGGUCACAAGAAUGAAAAAUACUGCAUAUUUGCUAAUUUUUCUGUUACUGGUGGCAAGUGGAUUGUGUCUGGCUCUGAGGACAACUUGGUUUACAUUUGGAAUCUGCAGACAAAAGAAGUAGUACAAAAACUGCAAGGCCACACAGAUGUCGUAAUCUCUACAGCCUGUCACCCAACAGAGAACAUCAUUGCAUCAGCUGCACUAGAAAAUGAUAAAACAAUCAAAUUGUGGAAGAGCGAUUGUUAAAAUAUUUCAAUGCACACUUGUGAGACUCUUCAAAGGCAGAUAUUUCCUUCACUGAGGAAUGUGCAGUUGUCAAGGAGACAUUUUGAUGAAAAUGCAAAAUGUGUUCAAGGCCUGGAAGAAAACGCACAUUUUUCUGGAUGGAGAAGAUGCAUUGAAAAAUGCAGUAUCCAGUUUCAGGGGGUGAUUAUGCUGAUGGUGAACAAAGUAUUUAAAAUGGAUUUGCUGAUUCAUCCAGUGCCAAAUGAUAUAGGAUAUUCACAAGCAAAGCCUUCCUUCCUUGGUGUAGCAAGUACAGUUUUAUCAGAUUUUGAAAAAAUGUACAUUAAAAUACCAUUUGAGGUCACCAUCAUAUCCAUCUUAACUGGAUGAUCAGCUCGUCAUAAAUUACAGAGAUGUUGAUUUCUUGCUUUGGUUACAAUGUUUCUCCUGUGAUAACUGUCAGUGAAAACCUUGACCAUGUGCUGCACUGGUACUAGCUGGUCUUGGCAAAUGUUUUAAUCUGGAUUUGAUUUUUUAUGUCUUUCCAAACAUUGCUUUGCCUUUAUAUAAUGUGCAUGAUUAUUUACUGUAGGUUUGUCUCAUGCCGUUGAUGUCACCUGUAAAUUGAUUGUGUAUUUUGUCUCCUUUUUUUGAAUAAUUGGGAAUAAGAGCAUUACCAGAUGCUGUGAAAAUAUUCAUAGAAACCUGUUAACUCAGCUGGUUGUUUUCUGGGGUUUUAAAACAUAAGCUUUUAAAAUUUGUAGGUUGUAUGUUGAGACCCUACACUGCAUGUCGGCUCAUAGAACUAAGGGAUACUGUUCAAUAACUUAACACACUGUCUUUGUUACUUGACCAAAUACGAAUCCCACAUAUGAGGCUUCUCUUAUUCCAUGACUUUAUUUUACACAAAAAUAACUUUUUUUCUCUCCUGUGUAGUCCUGUACUGUUUUGCUACAUGUCUUUGUAGGUGCAGUUGUAAUAAGGUGAAAGUUUUGUUUUCCUUUCAUGGAACAAAUCUUGCUUGUAGAGGUAUUUGAUGUAUUAUAAACUCAAGUCCAUUUUAGAAAGGAUGUAAGACAGCUUCUGUGUUGAAAGUUUGUAUAUCUUGUAGUACUUCAUAGUGUUUGCCAGAAGCAUGAAAAUCUGCACCCUGACAACAAGCCAUUGUUUUCUGUUAACAGCAAAUGUGAGUUUGACUUCCAUCGCAACAGUGAAUUGCACCUCAGUAAUAAAAAAAAGUAUUUUUAAGCCUC